AUUACCUAAAAUAAAUGAGUAAUAAGUUUCAUGUUGCCCACGUCAUUGCUUAUUGAACGCUGACCCGGUCACAAAAGUUUCAGAAACGUGAAGGUAGAACGAGAUCCAUGGCUGUAAUGAUGGAAUUAGAGGAAAGUGUAUCAGACUCCAAGCUCCACAAAGAGAGUACGGCUAAAAAAGAUUUAAGGCCUUCUAGCGCUAUCUCGUUUUCUAAAUCUGAUCAUGGCCCAGAAACAACUUCAUCAACGGAACAACUUCGUCAGUAUAAAAGUUGGGUCAGCAACGAAAGGUGGAAUGAAUUGAAAAAGAUCGCGGAAACAGCGAUGAAACAACGUAAGGUUUUCAUGAUUAAAGGCGGCGGUUUCCCAGCAAUCCGUCGGGCCAUGCUUGAACGAGGCUGGGUAGAAAAAUAUGAAUCCCAUAAGGUACGUCAUCCGCCAACAAACGUAGAUCCUAAAAAAGCGUCUGGCAAAGAGCUCUCCAAAGUAGAAAGAAUGAUACUCUACAAGUUCAUGGAACAUCACUCUGUUGAUUUUCUAUGGACGACCAAACGUGAUAAAUAUGAUUGGUUACUUAGUAACAAAGAUGUCAUGAUAAGCAGAUUUUGUAGAUCCGUGUUCACGACGAAAGAGGGUUUAACUGCUUCGUUGACGCAAAUGCAUUGGCACACUGAGCCUGGGAUUGCACUUACGAAGUUUCCACGAUGCUACAAUAUACACAACUCGGAUAGCCUCGAAGAAUUCGUUGAUGACUUUAGGAUCACGGCCUGUAUCAGCGUUCUUAAAUGGCUUUGUAGUACUUUACAAAUCAAUGGAGAACAAAAUCUAAUUUCGAAUCAGGGGAAAGUUCCUUUCAGCGCCAUUGAAUUUGCCACCAGUAGACUAAACGAAUAUGUUUUGUUCUUUACACAUAAAGACAUCGAUGAUACAGAGGAACAAGUCCAUGUUUGGGAACACGAAUGGGAUCAAUUCUUAACUCACCAUUACCUUCUCGUGCACGAAAAAGCAAAGUUUAGCAAUGAUAACAAUACAAGUAUAAGGCAACUCGAAAGAAAAGCGUCUAAGGUUUUAACUACGAUGAGCAAGUUCUGGCCUCAAAUCGAUAUUGAUGGUGUGCUCAAUAUUUGGAUCGUAAAGCCUGGUAACAAAUGCCGAGGUAGAGGUAUUCAGCUCAUGAAUAAUAUAAAGGAUAUAAUUGGCUUAAUUAAUAUUCCUGUACAGAAAACAAGAUAUGUUGUGCAAAAGUACAUUGAAAAUCCAUUAGUGAUUUACGACACAAAAUUCGACAUAAGGCAGUGGUUUCUGAUCACUAACUGUCAACCGUUAACAAUAUGGGUUUACAAGGACAGCUACCUACGAUUUAGUUCACAGAUAUUCAGCCUCUCUAACUAUCACGAAUCGGUUCAUCUAACCAACAAUGCUGUUCAAACGAAAUACAAGAAUAAUGAGGACAGAGACAAAGCUUUACCCGACGAGAACAUGUGGGACUGUCACACGUUUAAGGCCUAUCUAAAACAGAUCGGUAAAUAUGAACUAUGGGACACUAAAAUAUAUCCUGGAAUGAAACAAUGUUUGGUUGGAGCAAUGUUGGCCUGCCAAGAAACAAUGGAUAAGAGACAGAACAGCUUUGAGCUUUACGGAGCUGAUUUUAUGCUUACUGAAGACUUUACACCUUGGCUCAUUGAAAUUAACUCCAGUCCAGAUUUAGCACCUACUACUUCAGUUACGGCUAGGUUAUGUCCUCAGUGUCUAGAAGAUGUAAUCAAAGUUGUUUUAGAUCGCCGCUUAAAUCCAGAUGCUGACACAGGAACUUUUGAGUUAGCCUACAGGCAAACUAUACCGAAAGCACCGGCAUAUCUUGGGUUGUCACUUUGUAUCAACGGUAAAAGACUUUUUAAGAAGUCGAGAGAGAAAAAGCAUGAUACGAGAAGUAUUACACCGGUAGCACCACGAGAACCAGCUGGCGAUACCAUUCCCGAUGCAGACCUACCCGUUCCCCCCGAAUAUUCGGGACCUAUUAUCACGGAUUUCCUCAGCUGGUUAAACCCUUAUGAUGCUCUGCCCUGUAAUAAGGAUGGUAUUUUAUUAGGUCCCAAAGAUUCAUUGACGGUACGCCAAGCAGUAACUGUAGUUAAAUCAGGUAUCACGUUUAAAAAUGGUACAAAAAAGCGUAAAUCAUCCGCGAUCUCUUCUAGGACACACCGAGGAAGAAAAGAAAAAACGGAAUUUAAACGCCGUAUUGUUCCACAUUCGUGCUGUUUGGAAGAUAAUACAACAAUAAAUAAUAACGGCAAAUAUCGGACAGAAUCAGCAAGACGAAUUGAGAAGCCGAAAACCGAAAAAUCUGUUGGAAACAAACGCUGUUACAUAGACCCAUCUGAUUGGGAACGAGAAACGGCUAGUAUCCUCAGAUCCACAAUAUCAGUACAAAAUAAACAAGCAAAUAAAACCGAAACAGCUUUAACCUUUCGUCAAACCAAAUCUAGACUUAACGCGAAAACUAGAUCAUCAUUAGAUUUAUAUAACAUUCGAAACGGCGAUGACUCUGAUCCUAUCAAAAACUUAAGCGCAAUUGGUACGAAUAUUUGUAAAUUACGUGAUGAUGGUAAAAAUGUAAAAUCAAUUUCUUUCUCGAAGAGUUGUACUUCAAUAUAUGCACCAUAUAGAGUGGUAGUCACUCCUCUAAACGAUGUACCUGUUAAUGCAAAUUUUAAAAGAAAAAAUACAUCUCAAAGAUGAUCUUCAACAAAUGAAAUUUAUGUUAUUGUUACUGAAGCUUUUGAACGUAUAAUCUUAAGUAAUGUUAAGACACUUGUUGAAAGAUAAUUGAAAAAAUAAAUAUA